AUGCUACGCCAGAGUGCUUCAUCUCGGCCUGCAGGGAUAUCAACCCGCCCUACCACCUGUCCCACACGGACUCAAGGACCGCCGGCUGCACCAAGCCUCCCGGACUUUUGUCCUGCUCUCCUCCUACUGGCAUCAGUGCUGGCCACUCUUUUUCCAGAACAGGCAUCUUGA